GAGCGUGGGGGGAGAUGCAGGCGGCGCUGACAUCACGCCGGCUCCAGUUCGUUGCGUUUUUUUGUAAACAAAAUGGGAUUUAAUUAUGAUAAGUGAGUUUUACUGCGCAAUGAGAGUUACGUGGGGUGAUUAGGAUGUUUUUGAAGGCCAGAGGGGAUUAAUAACAUAUUAUUUGACGGUCGGUGGCUGGUACUGGUGAAGUGGAAGAGGUCUAGGCGGGGGACUAUCCGUUUGUUGGGUUAUUGUUGUGCUCCAAAAUGACGACCAAGGUGGAGUUUGCUGUGGACAUGACGUGUCAGAACUGCGUGAAGAAGGUGGAGGAAUCGCUGGGGGAGCUCAAGGGGAUCCAGGAUGUUGAUGUUUCUUUGGAGAGAGGAACUGUUGUGCUCCAGACUCAUCUGCCUUAUUCUGUUAUUCAGGAGAAGAUUGAGAGCGUUGGAAAAAGGGCGGUUUUGAAAGGAUAUGGAGACAGAACUAUAAGUGCUGUGUCUAUGGUGGGAGGAACGUCGGGCUUUGGUAUCAGUAGAGCGAUUCAAGGAGUCGUGAGAUUCGUUCAGACACCAACUGGAUGUAUCAUCGAUGGAACUGUGGAUGGAUUGAACCCUGGAGCCCAUGGGAUGCAUGUCCAUGAGUGUGGGGACAUCUCCGGGGGUUGCGAUACUGUUGGGGAUCAUUUCAACCCGUACGAUGCAACUCAUGGAGGCCCCGACGAUGAUAUUACUCAAAGGCACGUGGGAGAUCUUGGCAAUAUCGUAGCUGACAAGUCUGGCAGAGCUAGAUUCAGAUUGCAAGACAAAGUACUUAAUGUUGGUGAUAUUAUAGGAAGAUCUCUGGUCAUCACUCAGGAUUCUGACGAUCUUGGCAAGGGAGAUAGUUUGAAAUCUAAAGUUGAUGGAAAUAGUGGCAUGAGAUUGGCAUGCGGAAUAAUCGCAAGAUCCUCUGGAGUCUUCGAGAACACGAAAAAAAUUUGUGCCUGCGAUGGGAAAACCCUGUGGGACGAGCGAGAUGACACUAAGCAAAAAGUGCAUGGUAAUAAACUCUAGGAGCUCCACGAGUGGAUCAAUUCAAUCCGUAAAUUGCGUUUUUCGUAAAGAAACUGUUGAUUAACUUCUAUGUGCUGGUCAUAUAAAAGUGGUAACAUUCCGUAAGAUUCCGGCGAAGGGGUAUGUGGAACGCACAUUAAUUUUUAUACCUCUUUUUUUCUAUUUGGUAUGAAGGAUGGAAGGUAUUUAUGAUGAAUGGAGAACUAAUAAAUUUGAGUAAUUUAUGACUGAAUGUAAUCAAUAUAAUAUUCUUCUUUAUUAAAUUUUCAAGAUGGGAAGUUAAA